AUGAGUAAAAUAUCAGAUAGCAGUAAUUCAACGCCUGUUGUGGUUAAUAAAUCAAUAUAUUAUUUUUUUGCAGUGCUUGUUUUGUUUACAAUCACAACGGUUGCUCUGACUGCAGCCAUUUUAGGUGUUGUUAUUAAUCGUCUAGAUGUGAAGAAUACAAGUUCUACUUAUAAUAAUGAACCAAUAUCAUUUGUUGAUCAAAUUAAAAUUGAGGAUUUAAUGAAACAUUUAGAACAACUUCAAGUGAUUGCAGAUCGAAGUAAUGGAACACGUGCAAUAGCAACUGGAGGAUUUAAUGAUACAAUCGACUAUAUUACGAAUGAACUUGAACAAAAUACCAAUUUUAAAAUUCAACGUCAGUAUUUCACAGUUCGAAACCAUAUGGUUCGAGGAACACCACAACUACAAACAAGAAUUAAUGGAAUUACAACAAAUCAUGUUUAUUUAGCUAAUUUCACUCAUAUUUUGUUUUCAGCAAGCGCUAAUUUCGAUACAUUUGUUCAAGUAGUUACUGUUCCAAAUUUAGGUUGUUUAGAUACUGAUUGGACCAAUGUAUCUGUACUCAAUUCAGUUGCUUUGGUUAAGCGAGGUAAUUGUACAUAUGCACAAAAGUUUAUAUUAGCUGAAAAAUAUCAAGUGAAAGGAUUACUUAUUUAUAAUGAUGGCAUAUCAUCAGAUGGUUUCAAUCUAAUACAAGGAAUAAGAAAUAAUUUGAAUGCAACUAUUCCAGCCUAUUUCUUAUCAUAUAAUCUUGGAAUGCAAUUAGUCAAUGGAGCAAACAAUGUUGAGGUGAUCAUGAAUAUUAAUGUUAGUGAUACGAAUGGUAUUGCAAAUAUUUGUGCUGAUACAGCAACAGGAGAUGAAACUAAAACAAUUGUUAUUGGCGCUCAUAGUGAUGGAGUACCAGCCGGAAGCGGAAUCAAUGAUAAUGGUAGUGGAACAGUUGGUAUUUUAGUUUUAGCUCUUAAUUUAGCUCGCUUAUUUCAAACAUCAUCAUCACAAUAUUCUACAUAUCAAUAUCGUGUUCGAUUUUGUUGGUGGGGUGCUGAAGAACUCGGUCUUAUUGGUGCUCGAUAUCAUGUUGAACAGGCUCUCUUACCAAGCAAUAAUGCUGUCGGUGAACGUUUACAAGAUUACUUAGUUAAUUUAAAUUAUGAUAUGUUAGCUGGUCCUAAUUAUCGUUUUGGUAUUCAUGAUAGUUCAACAGUUCCAUUAGGAACACCAGAUACAGCUCUAAAUGGUACUCAUAGAAUUAUGGAUCUAUUUCGUCAAUGGUUUAAUGAACAAAAACUUCCUUGGAGUAAUUCUUCACUUGGAGGUGGUAGUGAUUAUGUUCCAUUUCUAGCUGCAGGUAUAGCAGUCGGUGGAGUUAAUACAGGAGCUGGAGGAAUUAAAUCAGCCGCUGAACGAGAUCUAUAUUCAGCAGUAUUAGGAACAGGAAAUGGAGGAAUAGCUAAUGCUGCUUUUGAUCCAUGUUAUCAUCAACAAUGUGAUAGAAUCAGAAAUAUCAAUCCAUUUGCAUAUGAAAAAGUUGUUAAAGCAGCUGCUCAUGCAAUUGAAUAUCUUGGAAGAUUGAAUGAUUUAGAAAAAUGGCUUUAUCCACAACGUCGACCAAAGAAUUUUGAACUACUCAACCGAUAUCAAUCAUAUAAUUUCUAUAACGAUUCGGAUCUUAAUUCGUCUUGA